AAUGGAUCUGGAAGACAUAAUACACAUUACCAAUUCAAAAUUUAAAUAAAAAAACCAAACAAACAAAAAAAAAAGUGCAAUAUACAUGUCAGUCACACAAUCGUUUCCAGUCAAAAUAGGUAGUUCUUAUCCAAAAAUCAGGCUAGGUGGAGCAGAUGUAUGAGUUGUCUGGCCCUGUGACAUUAGUUGUCCAGACACUCAUAGUAACAUCACCUAGCUUUAUUUCUCCCCUAUUGUAGAAUAGCAUGUAUUUUAUUAGUUGGUAAAUAAAUUGUUUAAUGCAAUAUGCAGUUGUGUAUUUAUUUCCAGUUGAUUUAUAGUUAAAUAAAACAAUCACAAAGCUUGUAAAGAAUAGCUGAAAACUGUUGCACACUUAUACAGUACAAGAUUAUACAUUAUUGCACACUGUAUAACCUGUAUAGGUUUAUACAGUAUAGGCUUGUAAGAUCAUUACUGUUUUUUCCCCUUACUGAAGCGUGCUGCCUUGGUGAUAUUAGUGACAGCACUGUGUUAAUCUGACAAUACAAAAAACAAAAUACUGCAAAACAUUUAUUACCAAUAGGUUUCCAUUUAUUACUGUUCCAUUUAUUACUGUUGUAAGACAAGUCAAGUAAGACAAGUCAAGUGGUGACUCACUCACACCCCUAAAUUUUUUUGUUGGCCUUUAAAAACAAACAAAAAAAAAACAAUUUGGAGAACAGUAAUACUUGUGGUUUGUGACUUCAGCAGCUUUUUGAAACUUUAAGAGUUAAUGCAUUGUGCUAGAAAACUUCAGAAUAAAAUAAUUUAAGCCCUUACAUUGAUACUAAUAAUGGGUUCAGAAAAAGGUUUCAUGUGGAGGCUUAUUAGAUACACAAGGUAACUGAUGACUGGUGAAUUUGUGAAAAUGUAUUGGAAAAUAUUUACUCUCAAUGUGAUAACCUUCUUGAAACAAUAAGUCUAAUAUGGUUAAGUUAUAAGUGCUUAUUAUAGAGUGUUUCCUGACCUCACUAAUGCUCAUGUGGCUGAACGAACACAAAUCCCCACAGCUAUGUUCCAAAAUCUAGUGGAUAGCCUUCCCAGUAGUGUUUAUUAGUUUAUUAUAACAGCAAAGGGGGGACUAAAUCUGGAAUCAGAUGUUCAACAAGCACAUAUGGGUUUGAUUGGUGUAUUUUUUUUUUAUUCACUGAGAGCCUUUGAUACACAUUGUAGUAGUCUGUUAGCCUACAUAAGGAAUGUCUAAAUCAAUACUCUACUCAAAUGUACAUUAAAAUACAAAUCUUUUCAUUAUACAGGCAUAUAAGGUAUGCUGAGUUUGUUCACAUUGACAUGUGAGAAUAGUACGUAAUUAGCAAUAUUUUCAUUUUCAUUUAAUUUUUUAAAUAACAUUUGCAUUGGGAUUUUGUGAGUUUACUGUACCCUGCUACCUUAUCAGCUAAUUACCGUCAUUAUUCGUUCAUGAAAUGUGCCAUCUCUGUAGCCACGGUGUCAACCCCACCCCUUACUCCUAGUUUAGGAAUUCCUCAGUAAAAGUUACUCUCAGUGGUUUUGUAAAUAAUGCUACGUUUACAUGACAAUGAUGUAGUCAAAAACGGUUUUUCUCUCGCGUUUUCAAAAAGUUUCACGUAUACACGACAACGUUUUCAAAACGAUUUGAGUUUACACAUAUCCGCGAUAACGGCCAAAAACGCUGUAUUACGUAUGCCAGGCCAGUAGUUGGCGCUGUCACCUUGUUAGUUGGUUGUAAUAUUGGUGAAGUAAAUCCACACUUUGCUGAAGAAGCGUUAGCAAACUCUUGAGCAGCAGCAACACUACCAUGUACUCCGCCAUUGUUGUGUAUGUUUGUUCGCGCUUGCCUUUACGAUAGACACGUACUACGCACGCGUCACCGUUUUCAAAGAUUCCCGUAUUGGGUGUUUACAUGGAGACGAUAACGGCGGCGUUUUCAAAAACUUGCACUUUGAAACCCGUUUUAGAAGAAACUCUAAAUUCGCAGAUAAGCUCGUCUCUGAUUGGAUAAUGACGUGAGGAGCGGGAGACACUCACCUGCGGCUGACGUCAAUAACGAGCGAGCCAGAGCAGCGCUUGCUAGAAAGAAAACAGAGGCACAGCAGAAGUCUUCGGAACAGUGUCUUUUAAACGUUUUUAUCUACAGUUUUAAGAAGUUUUUAGAGGGUGUGCUGCUGUUCAAUUGGAAAAUUAAAAGUUUGCACGGUAAGCUUCAGUGUUUAGCCUACUUUUUUCGAGACCAAACGAAAAUGUGUGCUGAAAGCACAUGGUGUGAACUAGCUAGCUAGAUCAAUGCGUGAUAACUUGGUUCAGCUGAAAAGCACAGGCAAACACUUGAAAUCCCAAAAAUGAUCACCUGUGUCUUUUGUAAAAAGAAAUUGAAUACAUUAAGAGGCUAUGUACUACAUUGCAAAGUGCGUAGGAAUGAGCCCCGUUGUCUUUUUUAAUGUGUUGGCGCCAACUGUAGUCAAACAUUUAUCACUUACUCAGCUUUUAUGGGCCAUUUUUAUCGUGUGCACAAUGCAGCGCAAGCUGCUCCUAUAGCUGUUGUUGCGGAUUUAAAAUGCGCAGUUUCAUUAUGUGCCCGCCGUUUUCACACGGUGAAAGAGCUUGUGUCUCACUUAAAUGAUCAUAUUGGCGAGGGCAGGUCUGUGUCAUGUCCAGUAAGUGGUUGUAAACACGUGUUUACAAAAAAGUCGUCAUUUACUUCUCACAUGUGUAGAAAGCAUAAAGCAUGCUCCCCAGAUGGUAUCGAUAACAUGUACAGGGAAACUCGCCCUCAGCCCCCACAUGUCAUUGCCAGUACAGAUGAUUCAGAAAACACACAUGAAGCCAUGGCAACAGCUAGUGCAGCCAGUGAUAUGCCAGAGAAUGAUAGUCAGUCUUAUGUGUGUCUUUUACCUUAAACUGCAAGGACAGCUGCAAAUUCCUGCCUCAACUAUACAGACUAUUGUUGAGGAAAUGCAGAGUUAGGUCAAGCCUAUACAAUAACUAGAGUAAGUUCUUUUUUAAAAAAAUGAUAUGAGCCUAUCAGAUGAAGCAGUCUCUAAAAUCUGUGACUGCAUUAAAGAGUCAGAUUUCUUCUCUGCCUGUCAUCAGGGACAAUUAAGAACUACAUACUCUAGAAAUCUGACAUUCACAAAAAUGUUUAAUUACACAGAACCCCAAAAAGUGGCACUGGGAAUGGAUGAAAACAUGACACAAAAAUUUGCUUACUACAUACCAGUAGCAGAAACUCUGAAGAGCUUUUUACAGUCAUGUUUAGGGAGGAAUACACAGUCACAACAGUUUGGAGAUCCUGAUGUAGAGGUUUUUACAGAUUUAUAUGAUGGACAAAAUUUCAAAUGUCACCUGUUCUUCAAUGAAAACCCUGAAAGCCUCAAACUGAUUUUGUACCAAGAUUCAUUUGAAAUUUUGAAUCCCCUGGGUUCUGCUAAAAAGAUGCACAAAGUUCUUGCAGUCUAUAUUUCAUUAGCAAAUUUACCCAUUCAUUUGCGUUCAAAUACUGAUAAUAUGUUUUUAGUCUUGUUGUGUGUUGAGGAUGACCUUAAGCGUUUUGGAGUAGUCAAAGUUUUCUCAGAGUUGUUGGCAGAUCUGAAAUCCUUGGAGACAGAUGGAAUAAAUGUAGAUGGACAAACAGUAAAAGGGGGUCUUUACUGCAUUGCUGGGGAUAACUUGGGUUCUCAUUGCAUAGGUGGGUUUACAGAGAACUUCAGCCGCUCUCAAUAUUUUUGCAGGUACUGUGAAAUCACAAGAAGUGAGUUUGUGGCUGAUCCGAAUGUCUGUGGUCCUCUACGCACUCCAGAGACGUAUGACGCAGCUGUUGCUGAUCUCCAGGCUGAAAACAUCCAAGGCGUCAGAGGGAUAAAGGUAAACUCUAUCUUUAAUGCCCUUGAGUCUUUUCACGUAUCCCAGCCUGGUCUCCCGCCCUGUUUAGGUCAUGACCUCUUUGAAGGAGUCUUGUCAUAUGAUCUAACACUGUAGCUGAAGAACAUUAUAAAAAAGAAAAAAUGGUUCACAUACUCACUCUUAAACAGGCGCAUCAAACAGUUAAAGUACAAAGGAUCUGAAGCACUCACAAAGCCAUGUGCUGUCAACCCGGACAGUGCCAAGUUAUCAGGGCAAGCCAUUCAAAACUGUAACCUUUUGAGAUUGCUACCAGUUUUGAUUGGUGACAAAGUGCAAAAUCAUGAGGAUGAAGUAUGGCAGUUAGCUCUCCAGCUAAAAGACAUUGUGGAUCUUAUUUGUGCUCAGAACAUUUCCUUGUCCCAGAUAGCAUAUCUUGACAUUUUGAUCCAAGAAUAUUUGGAGUUGAGAAAGAUGUUGUUUCCUGAAGUGUAAAACCCAAGCACCACUAUUUGCGCCAUUAUUCAGCACUGGUCUUGAAAUUUGGUCCAUUGAUUAGGUUAUGGACGCUUAGGUUUGAAAGUAAGCACAGUUAUUUUAAAGAUGUGCCAGACACUUGAAAAACUUCAAAAACAUUUGUCAAACUUUGUCAGAGCGUCAUCAGAUGUAUCAGGCAUAUCUUUUAGCUGGGCAAGAAUGCAGUAAACUACUGCAAGUGAAGGACAGCUGUGUGUUUUAUCCCAACCUCUACAGUAACACUAUUAAACAUGCAGUCAGGGAGUUAGCCUUUUCAGAAAGCAAUACUACAGUUACCACAGACAUUCAGUACAAGGGCACUGCAUAUAAAAAAGGACAGUUUCUUGUGUACAGAAAUGAUGAGUAUAUGGAGUUUGGUGAACUUCUACUCAUCUUGAUUCAUAAUGACACAUCUGUGUAUGUUUUGAUGGAUAUCCACAAAGGCACCUUCCUCUCAGAAUACCAUCUGUAUUCUGUGACAAAGGACAGUCUUAGGUUACAGUGUAUCAACAUUAAUGACCUGCCCGAUUUCUAUUUUUUGGUAUCAUACAUUCUUGAUGGAUACCAAGUCAUUCCACUAAAACACAGUAUUGUGGAAAAAUAAAGUCCAAUUAAAGCUCACUUCUUACUGUAAAUAAUUUGACAUUAAUAUAAGUGUUACCUGAUGCAUGUCCCUGCUCUGUUAAGUGUAUGUACUGUAUAUAUUUUCUGUUUUG